ACCGACAAUACAGGUUUCAGAGUGCCUAAUCAAAGACCAUUGAGUUCUCUGGUGCAAACCAAGAGGGAAACCCUUGAAGUGCACCAUGAAGGCUUCUUUCCUCUUUUUGCUCUUGAUUGGGCUAGCAGGGUUGGCGUCAGCCGCCUCAAUUGCUGAUGCUCCUCAGUGCGCUAUAUCCUGCGCUCUUUCGGCUCUUCCCCAGUCAUCUUGUACCAUCUCGAAUCAAACAUGUCUUUGUGUCGAUCCGACUUUCAACAGGCUUGUUGGCGACUGCGUCAAAGAUGCAUGCACCAUAAAAGAAGCAUUGGCUGUUACAAACUUGACAUGGUCGUCAUGCGGGUUUCCCCUCACUGAUCGAACGAGCACGGCACGAUACACGACAAUAUUCUUGUUCAUACUGCCGGUGGUUUUCAUGGCAAUGCGUUUGUCGGCUAGGCUUUUGCGUCUCGCACCUUGGGGCGCGGAAGAUACCACAAUAUGUAUCGCAUUUGCGUUUUUGAUACCUUUUCCACCGAUCAUCUUCGCCAUGAUGCGAUAUGGCUUAGGACGGGAUAUCUGGACACUGCAGCCGUAUGAGAUUACAAUGUUUCUGAAACUUCUAUUCGUUCUCCAACUCUUUUACAUCUCAGGACUGGCAGUCAUAAAGGCAUCGGUGAUAUACUUGUACAUACGAGUCUUCAACAUUCAAGGCUUCAGAACCCUUCUCUGGUGCACACAGAUAUUCAAUUUUCUUCUCGGGGGAGGCUACAUCUUGCUUAGCCUCGUACAAUGCCAGCCAUUCCAGCACUAUUGGAACGGCUGGGAUGGCGAGCAAGAUGGCCACUGCGCAGAUCUCAACACAAUCGGCUUGACCCACGUCGCAUUCAACAUUGCGCUCGAUGUCUGGAUGCUGAUUCUACCUGCGACGCAACUGUACAAGCUUAACAUGGAGCUGAAGAAGAAAAUCGGCGUAAUGGCGAUGUUCAGCGUAGGCAUUUUCCUUACUUCAGUCAGCAUUGUACGCAUUAAAAGUCUUCUGGUCUUUGCUACAAGCUUUAACAUCACCGCCGAGUGCCUUUGGGGCAUUAUUUGGUCCUAUGUAGAGCUCUGCGUGGGGAUCUUUGUUGCCUGCAUGCCUGCUGCCCGACAGCUUGCGUGGAGGUUUUUCCCUAAACUUGUCACUUAUACCCGGGAAUCACUCACGGGGUCAAGUAAAUCGAAGCGUGAGGUGCAGAACGAGGAACUAACUCCCAUCGCCAAGGGCAGACAGUCCUCGAAGUCGGGUACUUUAUCCUCAAACAUUACGCAAUCGAAUGCCGGGUCUGUCAUGGAUCCUAAUACACCUCGGAGCGCAACCUUUGGUCAUCCACAAUCAGAUGAUGCCAUUCUGCUCCAUGAAGGGAAGGAAAGAGUUAAUGUCAUCAGGUGAUCGGGGUUUAGGGACUUGUAAUCAUUAGGGCUAUUCUUCAUUGCGUGUUGUUAGACUUGAUGCUAAUUUGAACACCAAUCAUACUUGAGAUGUCUUUCCACAAUCAAGGCAGUUUUGAAAGGUAGUACAUUCGUGUAAGUGUUGUUCACUGACCGGGAUAAUCAUGAAGAGAUCACUGGCAAGUGCCUUGUCAACCUUUUGUUCAAUCAACUUAUCAAACCAAACCGAGUGUCUCAACUACAAAGCUGCAGUCACUGCACAAUCGCAUUGGAAAUCCAGGUGACCUCCGGUCUUCA